CGCAUCCACCCCGCCAUCGCGCGCCGGCCACCUGCCACCACCACAACACAAUGGCGUCAGAGGAGAGUCCCUACCUCGUGCUGCCCGGGUCUCUGGCCUUCUCGGACUUCCGUCUGAAGCGCCUGGCCGCGUUGAUCGGCGCAACCGAAGUGCGCGCGCUCUGGGUGCACUAUGUUAAUCCCACCAAGGAACUGAGCGCCGACGAAUUGAAGACGCUCGAGCAGAUACUGCACUAUGGCGAGUAUCCGCAGCGGGAUGACAGGCUCUCGCAAACCCUCAUCCACGCCGUCCAGACGCCCACCGCCACCACGGCUGUCGAUGACGGCACCGCGCUCUUCUACGUCUGCCCGCGCCCAGGCACCAUCUCGCCCUGGAGCUCGCUGGCUACCAUGAUCGCACGCACAUGCACGCUCGACCACGCCGUGAAGCGCAUCGAGCGUGGCAUGGUCCUCGCCGCCACCUUCGAGAAGCCGCCCGCCGCCGGCGAGAUCCCCAACGCCGACUCGCUCCACGACCGCAUGACCCAGACCAUAAGCCGCACGCCGCCUGAUCUCGAUCUGCUUUUCGGCGAGCACGAGCCCGCGCAGGCCACGACCAUAAGCUUCGACGAGUACAGCAGCCCUCAUGCUGCGCUGGAACACGCGAACCAGGAGCUGGGCCUUGCCAUGGACAAGUCGGAGAUUGAGUACCUGGUCGAGGCAUACUCGCAGGAGCUGAAGCGGGGCCCGGUCGACGUGGAGCUGUUCAUGUUCGCGCAGGUCAACUCGGAGCACUGCAGGCACAAGCAGUUCAAUGCCGACUUCACCAUUGACGGCAUGCGCAAAAGCUACUCGCUGUUCGGCAUGAUCCGGAACACACAUCAGAAGCACCCCGAGUACGUGGUGAGCGCAUACAGCGACAAUGCUGCCGUGCUCCAGGGCGAGGAGGCCAGCUUUUGGGCCCCCAACACCCUGACCGGCGAGUGGACCGGCACAAAGGAGACGGUGCAUAUUCUCUGCAAGGUGGAGACUCACAACCAUCCUACAGCCGUCUCGCCCUUCCCUGGCGCGGCCACCGGCUCGGGUGGCGAGAUCAGAGAUGAGGGCGCUGUCGGUAGAGGCUCAAGGCCGAAAGCUGGGUUAGCAGGUUUCACUGUAUCCGACCUCCUCAUACCUGGGCACGAGCAGCCAUGGGAGCUCGGCGACGUGGGUAAGCCAGCACACAUUGCGAGCAGUCUUGAUAUAAUGCUCGAAGCGCCCAUCGGCAGCGCGGCCUUUAAUAACGAGUUCGGGCGCCCGUGUACGAUUGGGUACUUCAGAACGCUGCUUGUUCGUGUAUUCACCAACGAGAAGGAGACGGAGAUUCGUGGCUAUCACAAACCCAUCAUGCUGGCUGGAGGUGUGGGAACGGUCAGACCGCAGCAUGCCCUCAAGGAUCCUGAUAUCGUCCCGCCGGGGUCUCAUCUACUGGUCAUUGGUGGACCUGCGAUGCUCAUUGGUCUCGGUGGCGGCGCUGCAUCGAGUGUGCAAUCUGGGGAAGGCAAGGUCGAGCUUGACUUUGCCAGUGUCCAGCGAGGGAAUCCUGAGGUUCAGCGGAGAGCGCAGGAAGUCAUUGACACUUGCCGAUCUAUGGGCGACAAAAACCCAAUCUUAUUUAUCCACGACGUCGGUGCCGGCGGUCUGUCAAACGCUCUGCCGGAGCUCGUUCACGACUCUGGACUCGGUGCCAUCUUCGAGCUUAGGGAAGUGGACAGUGCCGACCGAGGCAUGAGCCCACUACAGAUCUGGUGUAACGAAUCUCAAGAGCGAUAUGUACUCGCCGUGGGUCCGGAUGACUUGGAUCUCUUCAAACGUAUUUGCAAGCGCGAACGUUGCGGAUUUUCGGUUGUAGGCACGGCGACGAAAGAACAACGUUUGGUCCUCAAAGACAAGGAGUCACAAGGCACGCCCACUCCAAUCGACCUUCCAAUGCCAAUACUAUUCGGAAAACCGCCAAAGAUGUCGCGCAUUGUUGAGUCGCGGAAGCUGAGAUUGCCCGCAUUUGACAGUAGCCUGUCCAUUUACCUCCCAGUGACGCCGAAGGAUGGUCUGUUGGCCGAAGCCGUGGACCGAGUGCUUGCGCUUCCUGCCGUGGGCUCGAAAUCUUUCCUCAUUACGAUUGUGACCGCCACCUCGCUCCUAUCUGGUGUCAAAACCGGCGAGGCGAUGGCCGUGGGCGAGAAGCCUACACUUGCCCUCAUUUCCCCUGCAGCAUCGGCUAGGAUGGCCGUCGCGGAGUCUCUCAUGAAUUUGGCUGCUGCCAGCUUGUUCGACAGAUUGUCAAGAGUGCGCCUAUCUGCGAACUGGAUGUCCGCUUCCAGUCACCCUGGCGAGGGUGCUGCGCUGUACGAGGCUGUCGAGGCUAUCGGCAUGGAUCUCUGCCCGCGCCUGGGCAUCUCUAUCCCCGUCGGCAAAGAUUCCAUGAGCAUGAAGAUGAAGUGGAACGAUCAAAAUACUAACGAGGCCAAAGAAGUCACUGCUCCCAUGUCUCUGGUCAUCACCGCCUUUGCCCCUGUGAACCGUAUCGACCGCACCUGGACACCUGCCCUGGAACGCCUCGAAGAUGUUGGCGAAACAGUCCUCAUGUUUGUCGACCUUGCCGCCGGCAAGAAGAGUAUGGGUGGUUCCGCCCUCACGCAGACAUUUGGACAGAUUGGAGACGAAGCGCCAGAUGUAUGGGACGUAGAUAUACUCAAAGACUACUAUGACGCAGUCGAACAGCUUCACGAUUCAGGCAUCGUGCUCGCAUACCACGAUCGCUCGGACGGUGGGCUCUUUACCACUCUUGUGGAGAUGAUGUUUGCUGGACGCUGUGGACUGGAAGUCAUGCUGGAUGGCAUUGCCAAGUCACCUGACACCAAGGACAUCGUCGAAACAUUGUUCAACGAGGAGCUCGGCGCUGUGUUCCAGGUCCGCAAGAAGGAUGAAGUCAACUUCAACCGUUGCUUCGCUACAUGCGGACCACCACCGGGCAUGAUCAAGAAGAUCGGACGUGUACCCGCAGCCUCGAAGCAGGAGAUCAGCUUCGCCUUCGGCUCUCAAGUCAUCUACCGCUCUUCUCGCUCCAAGCUCCAACAGCGGUGGGCCUCGACAAGCUAUCAGCUCCAACGCAUGCGCGACAACCCUCAGUGCGCAGACGAGGAAUUCUCCUCCCUCCAAGACGACUCCGACCCCGGUCUUUCAUACAACCUUUCCUAUAACCCCAAAGAGAGCAUCCUUCCGCUCAAAGCUUCUCUUACUUCGCCCUUCACCAACAAGCCUCGCGUUGCUAUUCUUAGAGAAGAAGGCGUGAACGGCCAAGCUGAAAUGGCCUUUGCCUUCUCCAGCGCCGGCUUCUCCGCUAUUGACGUCCACAUGACUGAUCUAAUCUCGGGCCGUGUCUCGCUCAGCCAGUUCACGGGGCUUGCUGCAUGCGGUGGCUUCUCAUAUGGCGACGUUCUCGGCGCAGGACAAGGUUGGGCCAAGUCGGUUCUGCUGCACCCGGCCACGCGCUCCGAGUUCAAGACCUUCUUCGAAAGAAAGGACACAUUUGCCCUCGGUGUGUGCAACGGAUGCCAGUUUCUCUCCAAGCUGAAGGAGCUCGUUCCCGGGGCGGAGGCUUGGCCCAGCUUCGAGCGGAACACUUCGGAGCAGUACGAAGCGCGCGUGGCCAUGGUCGAGGUCCUCGACGCGCCCGUCACGCCCGGCCAGCAGCCCUCCGUCUUUCUUCACGGCAUGCAUGGCUCCAAACUCCCCAUCGUGACGGCCCACGGUGAGGGCCGCGCGCACUUCGCACCCGGCUCGCAUAGCCCCGAUACACUGUACAGCGAGGGCCUCGUUGCCAUGCGGUAUGUAGACAACUAUGGGAAGGUCACGGAGAAGUAUCCCUACAACCCGAAUGGAAGUCCCAAGGGAAUUACGGCGGUGAGGAGUAGUGAUGGCAAGGUGUUGGCGCUGAUGCCGCAUCCCGAGCGGACGAUUCUGAAGGAGGUGGGGAGUUACAUACCAAGGGAGAAUGAAUGGAGUGAGGUGGGACCGUGGGCACGUAUGUUUAGGAGUGCGAGGAGGUGGGUCGGGUAGGUUGAUGGGACAUAGGCACAGCUAUGGAGCGAGGCUGCAUUGGGACGGAACGGCUUUUUGUUUUGCUGGGUUGGGUGGGCGUUUAUGGGCCAUAUGCAUUUCCCAACACCGAAAAGAGUGAAUUGAUACCAAGAGAAAAAACGACGCUAUUUUGUCCAUUUGCUAUAGGCUAUACUUUUGGGGUAUGUUAUGUAUGAAAUAUACACAGAUUCACCAUUCGGCCACGGACGU